AUGCUAAUUAUGUUAUACAGAAAUAUCGGACAAUGUGCGCGCGUCAAACAAUUAAAUGCUGAAAAGGCUGCUACGUGCAUCGCACCGAAUUCCGAUGCUUAUCUCAUACACUUUCCCGGUGGAUUGAAUUACACAUUCGGCAGAAGUAAGGCUUACUUCUAUGGCAAUUUCACUGUCAAAGAGACAAUUCAGGAACCACUUGAGCUAGUGCUCACUACAAAUCGGUGCACUUUGGAUAUGAAAACCUGUGAAACGUUCAAUAAAUUAACACUUACUCGCAUCUGUUCCUACAUCAAUGACGAUAAGGGGAUUUUUGCAUCUUUUUUCAAGAGUUUUGAGCCGAAAUUUCACUGUCCAAUCCAGCCAGGAGUGUACUUCUUCAAAAAUUCCAUUAUAGACUUGACGUUUUUUACAAAUUUCCCACUGGAAGGAUAUCGUUGGCAAGCUAAUAUCAAGCUCUUUUUAAAAGGUAAAAUCAAUAAGGAAGUAUACUGCAUGAAUGCGCAAGCUUCUAUGAUAUGGGUAAAAAAGAACUAGAUAUUACAGGACCGAGUGUUGAAAAUGAAAUACCAUAAACACUUUGCAUUCAGCAUUAGGCAAUAUGUACUAGGCUUAUAUAUUUAUGUAAAGAAUGACACAAAAUAGCAAAUAAAAACUGCUGCCAAAAUCUAGCAUUACCAUUUACUCAAAUAGGAAAACCGGCUAGAAACAAAAACCUUUAAUGUCAUUUUUGC